AUGACACUUGUGAAUGGUGAAAAUCAGAGCGCGAGCCCGGAAAUCGGAGUUAGUAUGUGCACAACGGAGAUGACCGAGGGCUUCACAAUGUCACCAUCAACAGCUUCAUCGAGUGGCGCUAAUUCCGGCUGUGUUGGAUCGCCUGGUAAUCGCAUGGCAUCAUCGAGGAGUUCACUGGGCAGGGCUAGAGAGCCACGUGAUGAGGAGGAUGAGGACGAGAUAUCGGUUGGUUGUCCAAGCCCACUGCCCCUAGUGGUUGGUGCAACACCGCAGGACGAGGAGGAUGAGAGACUGAGUUCAUCAAGGGAGGAGUACAGCGAAAGACUGAGUCCGAGGAGUUACAUUGACGAUGACGAGAGGUACUCCAGAGACGGUGAAUACAAUCUGAGUAGAAGAAGAAGUAGAACAACCAGUAGAAGUGAAGUAACGAGCCUGGGCGUUAGAGAGACUGAGGAAGCCGAUGAUGAGGAGAGAUCAGGUAAUGGGGCUGAUGAUUAUUUCAAGCCAUUAAAGAGACUGAAAAUGGUGCCGAUACAGCAAUCUGACGAAGAGGAUGAACGGGAUCGUGAGGCCAAUGAGCGUGGAGUCAAGUCAUUUAGCAUCAUUGAUAUUCUAUCCCAUCGGCCUAAGGCUAAAAUAGUCAGGCCGUGGGACACGGUUGAGUCUAAUCACCAUCACAGACAUCAUCCCCAACAGCUACAUCACACUUCACCUCAUUCCACACCUCGGGAUUUGUCUCUCAUGGGCAUGUCAUUGGCUUCGAUGUCUGGAUCAAUGAGUGAACCUCCAUUGAGCAGUUCUUCGUCAUCAGGAAGGAGUUCUGUGUCUGACUCUGGUAGUCCUGAUCCCUUGGCGCAUCAUCAUCAUCAUCACCACCAUUCCCUUCACCAUGGAUUACAUCCUGGACUUCAUCAUCCAGCGAUGCAGCAGCAUUUCAAGAGAAAGUCGGCCCAACAGCAUGGCAAUCAGGGUGGACACAAUGGCAAGAGGAGCACUGGACAGGGCAGCCCAUUGGAUGCACUCUUCCAGAUGACGAGCAAGACAUUCGAUGCUGGCGAGCACAGUCAAGAGCAAGCGAAUCACCUGAACCUAUUCAACAAUCGGCAACAGCCCAAGAAGAAACGCAAGAGUCGAACUGCCUUUACGAAUCAACAGAUUUUCGAGUUGGAGAAGAGAUUUUUGUAUCAGAAAUAUCUGAGUCCCGCCGAUAGGGACGAAAUAGCCGCCCAAUUGGGCCUGAGCAAUGCCCAAGUGAUAACGUGGUUCCAAAACAGAAGGGCCAAAUUGAAGAGGGACAUGGAGGAACUCAAGAAGGACGUACAGACUGUUAAUCCGAUGAUGGUUGCACAACAUCAUAAAACCUUUUUGGAGAAUGUCCAGGAUCUUGGAAUACUGAAGAAACGACCAUUACCAAGUUCCAUAGAUGAAAAAUCUUAAAAAUUAUUUCAAAAAGUGAUUAAUAAAAUUAAUUCUGAGACACUAAAGUCUCAAUUCUGCCAGUAAAUACUGCAUCGGGCGUGAUGAUUAUCAUAUUGUGAAUAUAACAAAGAUUAACUUGAAGUCUGCACAGUCGGCUGCGCCGUUGCAGCGAGACAUUCAUGUAUAUAAAGUUUUUUAAUAUGUAUUAUAAUGUAAUUUAUUAAAAACGAAGAUUUCUUCAAACCAAUAAUUAAAUUAUUAGUGAUGGUACUGUAGAAAAUGGUAAAUUAUAAAAACCCUGAUGUUCCACCGAAAAAUUGUUUUUUAGGGUGUGAAUCAAAAUGAAAUGUACAUAUUCUGUAAAUAGGUAAUGCAUCGAAAAUAAUGAAAACAGUGACAAGAAAAAAAAGUAUUUCAUUAGUCAGAUUUUCUGAUAAUUAUGUAACGUAUAAUGGAAUUCAUUCGUAAUAUACCAUUUGAUUAAAGAAUUAUAAAAGAAUAGAUGGGACACUGCGCAAUAUAUCCUUAUAAUUGUCAGUUUCAAUUAGAUGCUUUUUUGUCAAGUCUUUUUGAGAAAAAAAAACAUUGUGAAACAAAAACCAAACUGGCUUGUAAUUUUCU